CACCAUGGCCGAUGAUGAGGAUAAACCAAAGAAGCACACGUUGGACACCCUGUUCAUGGUGUAUGCCAAUUUCCAGGUUAUACCCACCGACAUCGAGAACGAGGUCUUCGACUCCAUACUCCUAUCGCAACUGGACGCCUGGCUGGAGCAGGCUAAGCUCAUGCCCAAUCCCAUAACUCGAACUCAAACUGGUCUUAUUUACAUGCGAUACAAGAAAUGGAGAUUGGAGUACGAGGACUUUCUGGAGGUUCUAAGCAACUUGGCCUCCGAUAACAACCUGCAAAUAGACGACAUGAAGCAAAUAAUGAUCGAUGCCGGAGUCCCGAACGGUGCCGAUGUGGUCAUAGUCGUCAAGUAGACUGCAUCAUCACUGCCUUUUAUUUAUAUACAUAAAAAAUGCGCACAACAAAUUAUUAAUAGUAACAAUUGCAUAAAGGAGUAAUUUUGAUUAGUUAAAUUGUUCACAAAAAUUAUAGUACAGUAUAAAAGCUUUUAACAAGGACCCUCCAAGCCCAAUUGGUUAAUUUUAGUUAGUUCAACACUUAUUUCGACGUAGAGGGUGCUCAGGGUAUGUUUUGAGAUUGCUGAUCAGAAAACUAAAUAAACAUUAUACGGGAG